GGUCCUGGAGCAGAGCUUUUUGUGGUUUCAUUUGUCCCCAUCAUGCCAGGGCAGGGUGACGUUUGAAGACGUGGCUGUGUACUUCUCCCGGGAGGAAUGGGGACUCCUUGAUGAGGCUCAGAGAUGUCUGUACCAGGAUGUGAUGCUGGAGACCUUGGCACUUAUAAGCUCCUUGGGCUGCUGGCACGGGGCCGAGGACGAGGAGGCACCCGGGCAGCGCAUUUCUGGACAAGGAGGGUCACAGGGCAGGACUCCCGAGGCAGCUGUGUCCUCCCGGAAGGUCCAUGCUUCGGAGGCAUGUGGCCCAGGCCUGAGGGAACUUGUACAUUCCACCGAGCACCACCCACCACCUGGUGGACAGCAACUCCACAAGAUGGGGGCGUGUGACCAACAGGAGUAUCUGGACGCGGACCUUCCGCGCCAGCAGCAGAGCAUUGGAGAGACAGGCUUCAGCGGCAGCAGGGGCCGAGCCUCUUCCUGGAAGGACUGCGCACUCUGUGUGUCGGGGAGGCCCUCCUGCCGCGAGGUUGUGAGGCACCUGUUGGCAAGCUCGAGGUUCCUCCGGGAUCGGGCCUCGAACACCCGGGAGAGGUCAGAGGGGAGGGCCGGCUGUGGGGUGGCGCCUCCCAAAAGGCGGGCUCAGUGCGCCUGCGGGGAAGGCACCGAGGACCUCACUCGCACACAUACACUUGCCCGGCCCCAGAGACACCUCAGCAGAGAAAGAGGCUUCCUGUGCAGUGAAUGUGGAAAGUGUUUCAGCAAAAGCUACAGCCUCAGUGACCACUGGCGAGUGCACACUGGGGAAAAGCCUUAUGAGUGUGGGCAGUGUGGGAAGUCCUUCAGGCAGAGCUCCAGCCUCAUUCAGCACCGGAGGGUUCACACUGGCGCGAGGCCUCACGAGUGCGACGAAUGUGGGAAAUUAUUUAGCAACAAGUCCAACCUCAUUAAACAUCGGAGAAUUCACACUGGAGAACGGCCGUACGAGUGCAGCGAGUGCGGGAAGUCCUUCAGCGAAAGCUCCGCGCUCCUUCAACACCGGAGCGUGCACACUGGAGAGAGGCCUUAUGAGUGCGGCGCGUGUGGGAAGUUCUUUACCUACCACUCCAGCCUCAUCAAACACCAGAGAGUUCACUCGGGAGCGAGGCCCUAUGUGUGCAGCGAGUGCGGAAAAUCCUUUACUCAGAACUCCAGCCUCAUCGAACACCGCAGAGUUCACAGUGGAGAAAGGCCUUAUAAGUGCAGCGAAUGUGAGAAGUCUUUUAGCCAAAGCUCUGCGCUGCUUCAACACCGGAGAGUGCACACUGGAGAGAGGCCUUAUGAGUGCGGCAAAUGUGGGAAGCUCUUUACUUACAGUUCCAGUCUCUUAAAACACCAGAGAGUGCACACUGGAGAGAGGCCUUAUGAGUGCCCUGAAUGUGGAAAAUCCUUUACUCAGAACUCUAGCCUCAUUAAACACGGGAGGACUCACACUGGAGAGAGGCCUUAUGAGUGCAGCGAAUGUGGGAAGUCCUUUAGCCACAGCUCCAGCCUCAUUAAACACCGGAAAGUGCACACUGGUUAAGGGCUUCAGGACUACAGUGAAAUUUGGGAAACGUUUAGCCGUGUCUUCCAUUUCAAUGACCUUUCAAAUAUUCCUACCAGAGAAAAGGCUUCAUGAGUUUGGAAUGUGGGAAAGUAUUUACCUUCGAUUCUAAGCUCCUAAAGCACCACAAUGUCACAUUAGAUGAAGGCCCGUGAAUGUGGCAGGUUCGAGAAACGACUAACCGAAGUCUGGCGUCGGUACGCUCCCGAGAAGUCACGCCAAAGAACAGUCUUAGAAACAGUGAAGAUUAGAAGGGCUUCAGCCAAAGGACUGACCUCAACAGAGAUCACAAAUUUCAAAUGGGAGAACGACCUUCAACUUGCAGGCAUAUAGCAUUUGUGUGCUCGGCGUGACAGCACUGGAGGAGAGCCUUUCUGAAGGCGCCGUCUGCCUGUGUUGAACCUCACUCAUUCACACAUCGACAUGAUCCCAGGGAUGUGGCAGCUGCAGUGCCCUUUGCUAACCUGCCCAGGGCCACUCCCCAGUGUCGGGGCAUGUCCCAGUUGUCCACGCACAGCCUGAGUACUUAGUCCUUCCCCUCUUUCCUCUCUGAGGACGGAGGGCAUGGAUCUCACCGAGUUUGGGCCUCAAGGACUGUUGGUGCUUUGAAAAGGUGGACUUCAUUAUUCAGGGCUACUACUCUCAUUGUAACAGUAAUAGAUGGAGUUUCAUAGCCUCCCAAGUCACCAGCCCAGGAGCAGUCACCCUCCCAUUCCUCUUGUUUCUACAAUAAUAAAGGCGUUACUGUUUAAGUCCC